AUGAAUCAGUUCUCUGCCGACUUCUCUUCGAGUCCCGCGCAAACUCCCCCUCGCCGUCGAGACCUGUUCUUCAACGAGCCGAAUAUUUCAAGCACCACUCCGCUUGUGCCACCUCCUUCAACAGUUUUCGGCAGCUCUCGAUUCGGCUCAGGCAAAAGUAACACUCUCUUUGGCAAGCAGACUCCUUCAACAGCAAGCAAAAGCACCCGACAUGCUCCGCCGCCGCAACGAAACGCCAGGCCAUCGCCGAGAAGCAAUGACUUUCACUCUUCUUACGCCACGUCAAGAGGUUCUGAAUCCACUGAGCGCGAUGGCUUCGAGGAGGAUGAGCCGAUACCAGUGCAAUCAUUAAUGAAGUUCAGCACAAACAGCGCAAGACAAUCCAAGAGCCGGUCCGUCUUCAAGCGAUCUACAAAUUCACACUCUACUUUACCCAACAAGGGUCAACCGGCUGUUAUUUCCGGUCUUGCUCGCGAUUUAGGAUCAAGAGCAAAGGCUGCGCCCCUCGAAGACGACGAUGCACUCCUACUGGACACGGAGCUGUUUUUGCAACAAUUGCACAAUGAGAAGGAGCAGAAUAUGGACGAAGAUGGCAUGCGGUCGUUGAUCGAUGUACAGGUUAAGGACCUUUUGAACCUUUGGCGCAAUAACGCGGACUCGACUGGACAUGAUACCACAGACAUAGGCCCACCGGCAUCUGCAGCUGCUUUCGACAAAGCCAACUACCUCGCCUCUCUCAUACUCAACCUUCAUCACCCGGGCGAAUCUUCAAUACCUGGAGUAAUCCUGACUUGGCUCAACAACCAUCAUGUCUCAUACGACCCUCUUCUUCGCUCAGUGGCAUCGGCGCAGCCAAACCCCACGGCUCAUGAUUUAUUUUGGGAUGCGGUCCUGGCCCUGGUGCUUCGUGGCCGCCUGCAGGAUGCGAUGCGCCUACUGGCCGACGCAGAUUUCCAAUACGCUGCAACCGCAAUGGAUGAUGGCGAGCAAGACCCUGGCUUUCACGGUGCGCAGCUACAGACCAUUCAAAGUGUUAUCUUCCGCGCCAGACAAGUCAUCAACUCUUGUCCGGGCAUGACGGGCGAUUGGGAAACUACGUCAGAAGAAUGGAAUAAUUAUCGCGGCAACAUCGAAGCCGAGCUCGAGAAUCUUGGUCACCUUGCUUCGGGCGGAGACGACGACGACGAUUUUGAAGCCGAGAACUUUGGUGUCAACAAGCCGAGACGUGAGUUGCUGCGAAAAUCUCAGCGCUCGAGAAAUCUCCCGUGGAGUAUCUAUCAAGGCGUCAGAGUACUCUACAGUAUCCUCAGUGGCGGUGCAGACGAGACCAUCGCGCAAUCGCAAGACUGGCUCGAGGCAGCAUGCGCACUGACUAUCUGGUGGGAUGGUGCUUCCGACUCAAGCAUCCAGAAAUGGCGACUUGAUGUCAGUCAAGCCCCGGAAGACGCACCGUUGGCCUCGUACCUGAGUCGUCUACGAGAUGCAUUCCUCUGCGUUACAGAUCCGGAGGGCAAGAACACGUUCCCUAUCAACUCUCUGUCCCCUGUUGAAGUGGCUCUUGGCUGCGCUCUGCAGGGAAAUGUCAGCGGCUUUCUCACGGUGACCCGUGUUCUAUCUCAAUGCGUGGCAGCUGCCAUCGCCGAAAUCGCAUCGACCGCUGGGUGGAUCGGCAGCGGAUCGAACGCCGGAUUCGAUCUCGAUGACUUAAUGGUGCUUAGUUAUGGCGGAGUCAAACCCGACCUUACCAAAGACGACGUACUAACGCAGUAUGCUGCUGCGCUCUUUGGCCUUUCAUCACUCGCCACUGAGAAUCCGAGCGGCGUAAUUGAGGUGGAGGGCUGGGAAGUAUCUUUGUCCAUCCUCAGUCGUCUUGACGACGAGCAGCUCACCCGCGACUCCGUCCACGAGCUUCUGGAUCAACUUCCGGUAUCCGAUCAAGCCCGGACCGAGAAAAUAAUCAAUCUCUGCACCGAUUUACGCUUCAUGGAUGAGGCUCGUGCUAUGUCUGACAAGCUCGGAGAUCAUCUUGCUCACAAUACCACACAGUACGGCCUCGCGCUGCUGUGCUACGCCAAAUCUCACAAUGCUGUGCGGAUCCAGCAGCUCACAGAGAUGCUGAUAUCCUACUGCCUCGUGCAGUCAUGUCCCUACCCCGAAGAGAACGAGCUCGACGAAGCGCUUCGUGGCCUAGUUGAAACUCCCAAAUCCGCCUUUGCGGCCAUAAUCGAUGCCGACCCUGAAGCCGCCAGCAUUCUCCAGUUCUACGUCGUAGGCUACGCUUGUGUUCGCCGUAUUUUCGUCUUACGUGAUCAAGAGCACUCGACGCAGCGCAACAAGACAUCGAGGCCUAAUCUCCGUGCCCGUAAGCGUGUCGCCGCAAAGGCCAUCGUCGCCGCAGUCAACAGCGCCGCCGACAGCAUAUACGGUGGCUUAUACGAUGCCGAGCGCCAGACCGCCAUUCAAGCUGAUGCACUGCUGCCAUUGUUAGGUGAGGCCACAGCCCUACUUGCCAAGGACCACGACAAUCGUAGCUUCACCAAUGAGCAAAUGUACGCGCUCCUUGCUGCGAUCGAGGACUUGGAGACAGUGAAUGCGCGCGUGCGAGAAGCGACCGAUGCAUGUCUAAGUGCCAGCAUUGGUGAAUAUCGUGGGAGUCAGCCACCAAGUCCAAGAGCGAUGCUGAAGAAGAGCAUGAGCUCAGGCAAAGACAGCAACUUCAGCUUCAGUCUCAUGGGUAGUGAAAUGAUGGGAAGUGGCACCAGUGGAGGUGGUCGCAGUGACGGGAGCGCGGUGCUGGUUGACGGGAAGGGUGAAGGUGUGAGGCAGAUGCAGCGGGGCUGGGAUUGGAGGGAAGCCUUCAGAGGGGUGCCAGUGGAGGAGGUAGGCAGAGUAGUCCUGACAACUUUGCGGAAAGGGAUUGCGAAGGAGCUUGCGAUGGGAGAGCUCGAGUUAUGA